AAGCUACUGAACUCUCACCCCACAUGUCGUUUGUUGAACUCAAAUAGAUGUUGCGUAGAUGAGAACGCUUUGUCCGACUCAGAGCAAAAGAUGCCCUUUCAAUAAAAGGGCCUAUCCGUCUACCUAUGUAUCUAUUCUAUACUAGCCUAUACCUAUAGCCAUAGCCAUAGCAAAAAUAGACUCAGUCUCCAUACUCAAGACUCAAGAAGCCUCCUCUCUCACCCUUAAACAGCCCCAAAAUCUGGGCUUUUGUCUCCUCUCCAAUCCCUUUCUCUUUGGACCAAAAGCAAAGCAAUGGUGGGAGAUGGUCACGUCCCUAACAGCAAUUCCAAUUGCAGCAACCAUAACUCAAAGAAAACUAAAGACAAUAAGAAUAAUAAGAAGAAGAAGAAAAAGCGAGGUGGGAGCAAGAAGAAGAUGACGCCAGAGCAAACACUGGCGUUCAAGUCUGUGAGUGAAUGGGUGUUCCUGGAUCACCCUUCUACUUCUUCUUCUUCUUCUUCAUCUUCGUUGUCUUUUUCUGCUGCUGCUUCCUUUCUUGUGGAUGACUUUGGAGUGCAGAAGAGUCUUGGUAAAGGUGGGGAGAAAAUGGUGUUCGACUUGCAUUCCCAUUCCAAAUGCAGUGAUGGGUUUUUGUCCCCUACAAAGCUUGUUGAGAAAGCACAUGUGAAUGGGGUGAAAGUUCUUGCUCUGACAGAUCAUGACACAAUGGCAGGCAUCCCCGAAGCUCUAGAAGCUGCUCGAAGAUUUGGCAUCAAGAUAAUUCCAGGUGUUGAAAUCAGUACAAUAUUCUCUCCAAGCAGUGAGCAAUCUGAAUUAGAUGAACCGGUGCACAUCCUUGCAUACUAUAGCAGCUGCGGACCUAAAAGGAUUGAGCAGCUUGAAAUGUUCUUGGCUAAUAUCAGGGAUGGUCGUUUUCUCCGUGCAAAGAACAUGGUGUCAAAACUUAAUAAACUUAAUCUACCUAUUAAGUGGGAGCAUGUUGCCCGGAUAGCUGGCAAGGGAGUUGCUCCUGGGAGAGUGCAUGUGGCCCGUGCUAUGCUUGAAGCAGGUUAUGUGGAAAAUCUGAAACAAGCUUUUGCACGAUAUCUUUUUGAUGGCGGACCUGCUUACUCUACGGGAAGUGAGCCUCCUGCAGAGGAAGCAAUACAAUUGAUAUGUAAUACAGGGGGUGUGGCUGUGCUAGCUCAUCCGUGGGCAUUGAAAAAUCCUGUUGCUGUUAUCAGGAGGCUGAAAGAGGCUGGCCUUCAUGGGAUGGAGGUAUAUAGAAGUGAUGGAAAAUUAGCUGUGUACAGUGACCUAGCAGAUUUUCAUGGUCUUUUGAAGCUUGGAGGAUCAGAUUAUCAUGGAAGAGGUGGGAAUAGUGAGUCUGAACUGGGAAGUGUGAAUCUUCCAGUAGUGGCUGUUCAUGACUUCCUUAAGUUAGCUCGACCAAUCUGGUGUGAUGCCAUCAGGGACAUUUUUGAGAGUUAUGCUGAGGAGCCUUCUGAUUCAAAUCUAGCAAGGAUUACAAGAUUUGGGAGGACCCGUAUUCUUAAAAGUGGCUCCCCGCUGAGUUGUGGCAAGGAUUUAAUUGAUCGUUGCUUGCCUUUGUUGUUGACAAAUGAAGAGAGGCAAAAUGCAGAUUUUGAAGCCAUCAGGUUGAAGCUUUCCCAUAUCUCUAUCAAUCAGGGAGGAACUCCAAUUCCUGUUGGGAGUAAAUAGUCUGAAUUCUGUCUGUACUUAUUUUCUUCAUCGGCAAUGAUAUUUUUUUUUUUUGCCCCCAUCAAAUUCAUUACACCUUUCCAUUUUUGGUAUUUCUGCUCAUCUGGAAUAUUUAACAUUAAUGAUAACAUAAUUUCAUA